UAAACAACUUCACUCAAAAACUAAUCGAGCUCUCUCUGAUCAGAGAGAAAAAAAGAAUCUAUGGCUACAGCAAUUUCGACUGCUCUCUCGUCGUCGGUGUUUAUCGGGAGUCAACUAUGCAACUCGAGGCGCUGUUUGUUAAACUGGUGCCAUACGCCGCUCUUCAAACACCGCAAUUUCGCGGCAAAAAUUCGCGCUUCUUCUGCUACAGCCUUCGUCGAAACCAAGCCAGCGGAUCCUGUUGUGGUAGAAAAAGAGGCGAAUACUGGCAAGAACAUUUUAGCCUGUCCCAUAUGUUACGAGCCUUUAUCUUUGAUAGGUGAUAGCGUCUUGUCUGUAGAUACUGCCGGGUCUAUUUUGCAAUGCGGGUGUUGUAAGAAGAGUUACUCUGGCAAGGAAACACACAUUGAAUUGACUGUGGCGAGUGGGCUUAGAACAUAUGAUGAUACUAAGCCCUUGGCUACUGAAUUUUUCAGGACUCCAUUGAUAUCAUUUCUCUAUGAAAGAGGUUGGCGUCAAAGUUUCAUAUGGGGUGGUUUCCCAGGCCCUGAGAAAGAGUUUGAUUUGAUAAAAAAUUACCUGAAGCCAGUUUUAGGCAAAAAUAUCAUUGAUGCUAGUUGCGGUAGUGGGUUAUUUUCAAGACUUUUUGCCAAGAGUGGAUUGUUUUCUCUUGUUGUUGCACUGGAUUACUCAGAAAACAUGCUACGGCAAUGCUAUGAAUUUAUCAAGCAGGAGGAGAACUUUCCCAAAGAGAACUUAAUAUUGGUCAGAGCUGAUAUCUCUAGACUUCCUUUUCGUUCUGGUUCUGUCGAUGCUGUCCAUGCUGGUGCUGCUAUACAUUGCUGGCCUUCACCAUCAGUGGCUGUAGCUGAAAUAAGCCGAGUUCUGAGACCUGGAGGUGUUCUUGUUGCUAGCACCUAUAUACUUGAUGGGCCUUUCAAUUUUGUCCCACUUUUGGGUCCACUGCGCCAGAAUAUUGCACAAGUAUCAGGCAGUCAAAUCUUCCUUCGUGAGCGUGAACUAGAAGAUAUAUGCAGAGCCUGUGGGCUUGUUGGAUUUACAGCUACAAGGAAUAGGCAAUUUGUGAUGUUUUCUGCUAGAAAACCUGGCUAAGCAUUCAAUUCCUUGGUGUUCUUCGUCCCAUCUCAAUAAAUUGGUCUAGUGAGCCAUAUUUACAUCUGAUAAUGUUUUGUGCAGUUUGUAUCUCUUGUAUAAUGUUUGAUGUUUAGUUUGUACAGAGAGAAGAGUGUGCAUCAUGUAACUAUGAAAUUAAACCUUUUUAUGAGCUGCUAUGAAAAAAGGAGAGAAAUGGGCCAGAAGUUGCACCUUAUGCUAUUUUGGCUUCUGUAA